UAGGGGCAUGAGAGAUAAUCCUUAUAUUUUGAGGGGGCACUUGUGAAAAGAUAAAAAAAUAUAGUAUACUAAAAAAUCUGGACCUUGGGUCGAGCCGAUUCCGCUCAUUACCGCCGCACUUGAUUGGAGCCCUAUCGGUUUUACACCGCGGAGACCCGUCAGAGAUCUGAAGCUCGAAGAACCGUUGAAAUCACCUUGAACAACCCAAGCUCUUGCACUUGAUUCGAAGGAAACCACUUCUUCCCGCUAUGUUGCUGCAAAAAAUUUCAGUAAACAGGAAUUUGCUUCUUCAUGUCGGACUGUCUCUGUCGCUUUCCUUUUUCAUUAUCUUCUUCAAGAUCCCAACUCUCUUCCUUCAUGGCAUAUUCACCUACAUCCACCCUGAUAACGCCAGCACUGGCGUCCGAGCCGCGAUUAGAAGACCUGACGGCUCUAACUCCGGUUCUGGACUAGAGGGCUACCGAAACUUGUCGUCAACGGGUGCCGCUGAGAUCAGGAAAAGAACAAAGUCGAAGGAUAAGGAGAAGGUUGAGUUUGACGAAAGCAAGGCGCAGAUCUUCAGGUUAAAGCUGGAUGAGAAUCAUCUCCAAACGCGGAUCUAUUUCAAAGAAUACAGAGAUGGAUUCACUUUUUCAUUUGUCGGUAUUUCUUGUUUACUGCUGCAAUUUUUCUUGGGUGCAUCUGAAGAUUCUGGAGUUUGGGGAAAUGGGAUGUUUGUUCCUCUUCUUUUCGCGAUCUUCGCUGGAUGUAAGUUGUUUGUAUCACUCGGUAAGGUUGCUUUGGAGAAAUCUGCGUCUAGGUCGUUGGAUAGGCAAUUGAGCUUACUUUUUGGAGUUUGUGGCUUUCUUUUUGGACUUCUAACCUGUUCUUCGUUUAGCCCUUUUAUAUUGGAUUUUGAUCUUGAUCAAAUUAGUGGUUUGGGGACCUUUUUCGUUGCCAUGUUAAUGGGUUGCUUUUCGGGGUUUUUGUUUAUACCUGCAACAAAAAUCGCUCGCUCUUUUUGGCUUGGAACUGACCAAAUUAGAUGCAACUUGGAAAUGGUUUAUUGUGGGUGGUUUUCUCGGAUGAUUUUGUAUGCGAGUCAGGUGGCCAUGUUUUUCACCACCCUGCUUUGGGUCAAACCAUUAGCUGAAAUUUUCAUUAACAAGAACAUUGGCGGAAGUGAAAUUGAACACAUGUUAAAUGAAAUCGAAAAUGCUGACAGAUUGGUCGGAAAUAUAGGAUUCUCAAAGGCUGAUUUUGCCAAGCUUAGGCUCUGGUGUUUGGCACUGUGUGGUUUCUUGCAAAUCAUUGCUGUGAGGCAAAACUUACAAAUGUAUCUGAACGAAGCUCUGUUAUCUUGGUAUCAAAGACUGCAUGCUGGGAAAGUUCCUGAAUUGGAUUUCAGUAGAGCAAAGGUUUUUCUGCACAAUCACUACUUAUGUGUGGCUUCUUUGCAGUUUUUUGCUCCACCAGCCUUAGUUUUGCUUUUCUUUGGGUUAUCUCAAAUUAGUAUCAACUCUUUGGAAGGCACCAGUUUGGCUAGUUUUAUUCUUUCCUGCUCUCCUUUAAUCAAACAAGUGCCUCUGGUAAUGGCUUGGUGGAUUGUCUCUGUAAUGUCUAUUUAUACAUCAGCCACCAUCGUGCUAUAUCGUCGUGGCGUGCUGUAUGUUUCUUGAAAUGCAGAAUAUGUUUGUUUUUCUUC